CUUCCUUUCUUUUAUGUAGCUACAAAUAUGUGCCUGUUACUACAUUGCCAUAUUUCCCCUUCCUGUACGCGCUCUCCCACUUACGAGCAGUUUUCUGUCAAACAUCUUUCGGAUAUUUUAGCGCGAAGCAAGCCAAGUUGGUUUCAGUCAGAUGGUGAUUUUUUUCGUGUCUACGUGUCUUAGAAGAUUUUUUCUUUGAAUUCCGCACUAUCACAUUUUUCCAAUAAUAACGCCAGAAAUGACUAUGUUGAAGCAGCAUGCAAAGCAGCUGUUGCGUCGAUUCAUUAGAAUUGACACAAAAAGUGAUAGAGCAUUAGAUACGCUAGUUGCGAAUGUCGGGGAACAAGAUUUGUUGCGACAUCGCCCAUACUCGGAGAUUCCAGGACCCAAGCCAAUUCCUUUGCUAGGCAACAAUUGGCGAUUUUUGCCUUUUAUAGGGGACUUUGAUAUACAGUCAAUAGACAAAUUGUCAAAAAGACUGCACUCUCAAUACGGCGAUAUUGUGAAGAUAGAAGGUCUUCUAAACAGACCCGACAUGGUAUUCGUAUAUGAUGCAAAUGAAAUCGAACGAAUUUUUCGACGGGAAGAAAAAAUGCCACAUCGACCUUCCAUGCCAUCACUUGAUUAUUACAAGCAUGUACUGCGAAAAGAUUUCUUUCAGGCUAAUCCGGGUGUCAUAGCCGUACACGGUGAGAAUUGGUAUAAUUUUCGAAGCAAGGUACAGCAGGUGAUGUUACAGCCAAGAAUCGCGAGAAUGUACAUUGGCGCGAUCGAAGAAGCGAGCACGGCACUAAUUCGCAGAAUAGCAAAGAUACGGGAUCGGAAGCACGAGGUACCCGACGACUUUCUCAAUGAAAUGCACAAAUGGUCUUUAGAAUCUAUUGCGCGUGUCGCAUUGGAUGUGCGCUUAGGUUGUUUGGACGACAAUGCAAAUGCGGAAACACAAAAGCUCAUAGAUGCGUUGAUCACAUUCUUUAAAAACGUGCCUGUGCUCGAAUUAAAGAUACCUUUUUGGAAAAUCUUUAGUACACCUACGUGGCAGCAAUACGUAAAUUCUUUGGAUACAAUUGUGAGUACCAUAUCAAAAUAUACAGCCGCUGCUUUGUCGAGGGCCAAGAACAAUAGGGAUUCGGACAGGGAACUGUCUCUUUUGGAAAGAGUUCUAGCUUGUGAAGGCGAUACGAAAGUAGCUUCUAUCCUUGCUCUAGAUUUGUUCUUGGUUGGAGUUGACACGACGUCGUCUUCGGUGGCCUCGGUCCUCUAUCAGUUAGCGCUACAUCCAGAAAAACAGGCUUUAGCGCAUGAGGAAAUAUGCAAUGUUCUUUCGCAAAGAGACGUGCCUCUCGAGAUGACAAAUAUUGACAAUUUAAAAUAUUUGAAGGCGUGCAUUAAAGAAACUUUGAGGAUGUAUCCAGUUGUCAUAGGCAAUGGGCGAACUACAACUUCGGAUAUUGUAAUCAGCGGCUAUCGCGUACCGAAAGGAGUGCAUGUGGUAUUUCAACACUACGUCAUUAGCAAUCUAGAGAAAUACUUUCCGCAAAGUAGCGAGUUCCUCCCGGAACGAUGGUUAUGCGACGACGGUGUCCGCCAUGCGUUUGCUUCACUUCCUUUCGGUUACGGUAGACGAAUGUGUUUGGGGCGACGAUUUGCCGAUCUCGAAAUGAUUAUCGUCAUUACCAAGAUUCUUCAACGUUACAAAAUAGAAUAUCACCAUGAAAAAUUAGAGUAUUACAUUAAUCCAAUGUACACGCCAAAAGGACCGUUAAAAUUGCGAUUUAUUGAGAGAUAAUAACAUUUAUACUUUUUUAAUAUAAAAUAAAAAGAACGCAAUCG